GGUCCCAGAUGGAUGUGAGUGAAGCUAGGCGGAGCUAAGCGGAACAAAAUUCAUCUGGCUAGGGUCAGGUUACCCCCCGCCUGCAAUCAUAGAAUUUCUGGAAUAUGGAAUUUUGGAAAAUCUAUUCCAGACAUGGGAGUCAGGGACUCAUUUUAGGGCAAAGAAUUGGUUUACAUCAGAUUACUGCUUGCUUGAGUAGCCCACCUUCAAUGCCCAUUUAUUCAUCUCCCGCUUUAAAAAAGUAUAAGAUUCUUGAAUACUACACGGCUGCUCAGAAUAAAUCAUUGGUCGGUAUAAUGUAGCCUAGCAUUCAUUAUAUAGUAAGUCAUGGAAACUCAGGUUUUCUGUCAGGGAAAAGUCCUGGAAUUGUACAUCUCACGUAGGCUAGAGUGGAAACCUUAGCCUAUGUGAUCAGUUGUUACAUUAAUGUGUAGACUGGGCUGUAACCAUGCAUUUGGGGUGGCUUCCAGGCUAAUUAAGUUGCCACACUCAGGCUACAUCCUAGUCCAUUUGUUCAGUAUACUAUUCUCACAACGAAUGCCCAGUCUCAACACCACAAAGGGUUGUCAACGAUAGAGGGCGCCAAAUGAGCGAAUAAGUAGGAUACAAAUGAGCACUGCACUAGCCUGUGCCCGCCACCGUGCUGAAGCAUCCAAGUAGGCUACUGACAAUUUAAAGGACAAUUUAAAAAGUAGCCUACAUACAUAUUUGGUAUAGCCUAUUUCAUUAAAUAAUGGAUUUCAAAGGCAAGUUUAAAGGUAUUUUUUUUAUAAUUCGAUCCGUCGAUUCUUAAUUCUUUUAGGCACUUAGCAAUUUGUUUGUGCCACUGUGUUUUCAAUGUAGGCCAACUUCACAUCAAAGCAAUCCAUUAAUCAUUUUCUCAAUUAGCUUAUUUAUCAUUCUAUAAAGCCUUUCUCCACCCAGCCCCGUCUCACACAAAAAAGGUCCCCGGUAGUGGAUGUCUUCACGUCUCCUUGCACCUUCAUCACAAUUGCCAUGCUCAUUGGCUGCAAGGCAAUGAGGUCAUGACAAGCAUUGAACUGGUGUUUUCGUUUCUCGACUCGAACCAAGUUCAAAUCUUCCCUCUUGAAAGAGAGGGGAUGCGCAUCAACUUUCCUUGGAACUUCUUUUACUUGCACCUAAAAGUUUGAAAUCGCCGUUCUCCAGGACCUACUUUCUUUGAGCUUUUUGCGGAAAUUGUGCUGUACAUCACAUUCUUCCACAAGUUUACCUUUUCGAACGGGCAAUUUCAUAAACUUAAUUUGAAGGAAGCUGCUCUAUCUUGGAUCCAUGAGCGUGGUGAAGACGUAAACAUUUGCGUGAUAAGGUGUAGCUUUGACAAAGAUGGCAUGUGUCAGGUGGCACUGGGGCUGGGUGCUGGGGGUUCUGGCUGCCUACCUUGCACAGGUGGCAUCCUCACUCAACCUGGAGGACCCCAACGUCUGCAGUCACUGGGAGAGCUACUCUUUAACCGUGCAGGAGUCCUAUGCACGCCCCUUUGACCAGAUAUAUUACACCAGCUGCUCAAACGUCCUAAAUUGGUUCAAGUGCACGCGCCACAGGGUCAGCUAUCGCACAGCGUACCGCAGUGGACAGAAGACAAUGUACCGGCGCAAGGAGCAGUGCUGCCCUGGCUUCUACGAAAGCGGCGAGAUGUGUGUUCCCUCCUGUGCUGAGAAAUGUGUCCACGGUCGCUGCCUGGCCCCCAACACCUGCCAGUGUGAGCCGGGCUGGGGCGGAGCCGACUGUUCCAGUGCGUGCGACAGCAGCCACUGGGGCCCCCACUGCAGUAACAGGUGCCAGUGUCAGAACGCGGCGCUGUGCAACCCCAUCACGGGCGCGUGUAUCUGCACCCCUGGGUACCGCGGCUGGCGCUGCGAGGAGCACUGUGAGGCGGGCACCUACGGCAACGGAUGCCAGCAGAAGUGCCUCUGCCAGAAUGGCGCGGACUGCCACCACAUCACAGGGCUAUGCACAUGCUCACCGGGGUACACCGGGGCUUUCUGUGAGGACCUGUGUCCGCCCGGUAAGCAUGGGCAGCAGUGUGAGGAGCGCUGUCCUUGCCAGAACGGAGGGGUUUGUCACCACGUCACUGGAGAGUGCUCCUGCCCCGCUGGGUGGAUGGGCAUGGUGUGUGGCCAGCCUUGCCCGGAGGGACGCUUUGGCAAGAACUGCUCCCAGGAGUGCCAGUGUCAUAACGGGGCGACGUGCGACUCUGCGACUGGCCAGUGCUUCUGCAGCCCAGGCUACACAGGAGAACGGUGCCAUGAGCAGUGCCCAGUUGGCACGUUCGGCAUGGACUGCAGCCAGACGUGUCGCUGCAUGAACGGCGCCAAGUGCUACCACAUCAGCGGGGCGUGCCUGUGCGAGCCGGGUUACACGGGCGAACACUGCGAGGUGCGCCUCUGCACCAAGGGCGUCUACGGGCUCAAGUGCGACAGGAAGUGCCCAUGCCACUCAGAGAACACACGCAGCUGCCACCCGAUGUCUGGCGAGUGCUCAUGCCAGCCUGGCUGGGCAGGGCUCUACUGCAACGAGACGUGCACGCCCGGCUUCUACGGCGAGGCCUGCCAGCAGGUGUGCCAGUGCCAGAACGGCGCCGACUGCCACAGCGUGACCGGAGAAUGCAUCUGCGCCCCGGGCUUCAAAGGGCCCAACUGUUCUACGCCUUGUUCCCCCGGCACAUUUGGGGUUAAUUGCUCCUCCACCUGCGCCUGUAAGAAUGGAGCUACGUGCUCACCUGUGGAUGGGUCGUGCUCAUGCAAAGCAGGCUGGCAUGGAGUGGACUGCUCCAUCAACUGCCCCAGUGGUACAUGGGGCCUGGGCUGUAACCUCACCUGCCUGUGCGGGAACGGAGGGGCCUGCAACGCGCUGGAUGGACGCUGCACCUGUGCCCCAGGCUGGAGAGGGGAGAGGUGUGACAUGCACUGCCAGGAUGGCACGUAUGGCAUGGACUGUGUAGAGCGCUGCGACUGCAGCCAUGCUGAUGGGUGCCACCCGGCCACUGGGUACUGUCGUUGUCUGGCUGGAUGGACGGGGAUCCACUGUGACAGCGUGUGUGCUGAGGGCCGUUGGGGGCCUAACUGCUCUCUGCCGUGUAACUGUAAGAACGGGGCGUCUUGCUCCCCAGACGAGGGCACCUGUGAAUGUGCGCCAGGCUACAGGGGCACCACCUGCCAACGCAUCUGCUCGCCAGGGUAUUUUGGCCACCGCUGCAGCCAGGCUUGUCCCCAGUGUGUGCACAGCAACGGGCCAUGCCACCACGUCACCGGGCAGUGCGACUGUCUGCCAGGCUUCAAGGGGGCACUCUGCAACGAAGUGUGCCCCAGUGGCAGGUAUGGGAAGAGCUGUGCGCUGACUUGCACCUGCACUAACAACGGCACCUGCAACCCCAUCGAAGGCUCUUGCCAGUGCUAUCCAGGCUGGAUUGGCAGCGACUGCUCGCAGCCGUGUCCACCGGGCCAGUGGGGACCUAACUGUAUCCACACGUGUAACUGCCACAAUGGGGCUUACUGCAGUGCUUACGAUGGAGAGUGCAAAUGCACACCAGGAUGGACAGGCCUCUACUGCACCCAGCGCUGUCCCCUCGGCUUCUAUGGCAAAGACUGUUCCCAGACCUGCCAGUGCCAGAACGGGGCAGACUGCGAUCACAUCAGUGGCCAGUGCACCUGUCGUACAGGUUUCAUGGGGAGGCACUGUGAACAAAAGUGUCCAGCCGGUACCUAUGGUUACGGCUGUCGACAGGUGUGCGACUGUCUCAACAACUCCACUUGUGACCACAUGACUGGGACGUGCUACUGCAACCCUGGCUGGAAAGGAGCCAGAUGUGACCAGGCUGGUGUUAUCAUUGUUGGGACCUUGAACAGCCUGACCAGCACAGCACUGCCCGUGGACUCCUACCAGAUCGGGGUCAUCACGGGCAUCAUUGUGCUGGUGCUGCUGGUGCUCUUCCUCCUGCUCCUCUUCAUCAUCUACCGCAAGAAGCAAAAGGGCAAGGAGCCCACCAUGCCCGCUGUCACGUACACCCCUGCCAUGCGGGUCAACGCCGACUACGCCAUCGCAGAGACAAUUCCACAGACCACUGAGGGACACCCCAACAGCAACUACUUCUCCAACCCCAGCUACCACACACUCACUCAGUGCACCAGUCCUCCCCACGUCAACAACCUGCCAUAUGGCAAGGCAAAGAACAACCAGCUGAUGGUGAACCUGAAGAACAUGGACCACAGAAAGAGGCCUCCCCUGAUGGACCACACAGGAACUCUGCCUGCUGACUGGAAACAGGGAGGAUGCUUCAACGAGCUGGGAGCAUAUGGAGUUGACAGACGCUACAUGGGGAAGUCUUUAAGAGACUUGGUGAAGGGCCUGCCCUACCACGCCAGCACCAGCUCCCUCAACAGCUCAGAGAACCCCUACGCCACCAUCAAGGACCCACCGCUACUGAUGCCCAAGAACACAGAGUGUGGCUAUGUGGAGAUGAAGUCACCUGCUAGGCGCGACUCGCCCUAUGCAGAGAUCCACAACUCCAGCCCCACCAACAAGAACGUCUAUGAAGUUGAGCCUACAGUCAAUGCCAUACACUUACCAAGCAAUAACAACUGCAACGGACCCUUUACCCAGGAUCCAUACGACCUACCAAAGAACAGCCACGUCCCUAGUCACUACGACGUCCUGCCCACACGAGAUAGCCCGCCAUCACCGCACAAAGAACUGGACAGUGACUGAGUUGAGCUCUAAGUGACUUUCUAGAGACCAUAAGCCUGUUUCCAGGGGCUCAACCAAACAGUGGCCUUCACACGCUGGCAUACUGUGUGCUCAUUCUCUUCAUAUCCUCCAGUGGUUCAUAUAUCCAUCACUUAUAUGCAUUUUUUGUUUUGUUUUUGUUUCUUUAAUUUUUACAAUUUUUAUUUUUUUUUAUCCUCACUAUAAUCAUUCUUACGCACGCUUUUCUCUGAAAGAAACUGAAUAUGGUUAUUCAGUGCCUGGAUUCACGCACACAUAUUAUUCAUUGCUGUUGUCCUCCCUUUAAAGAUUGCUCUGCAUUGGCGAGGUGCACAACCUGGAAUAUCAGCAGUCAUUUUAAUAACUUUCUGAUUAAUCAGAUCAACAAAAAACAAUCCUGAUGACUUACAGUCAACGAAUCAUUCCAUCCACUAGUGACAUAUCACUUGCCUUUAUUCUUAAAUAUAGAAUGAGAAUACAAAGCAAACCUCAUUUUAUUUUUGUAAUGAUGAAUGAAAAUGUUCUCAGAAUAAGCUGAAUGUGAGUGUGUUUGAAAUGGUAGAAUUUGUGUUUUUAGUUUAGCGUGGGUAUAGUACUGUAUGUCAACACUUCUGGAAUUGUUAUUACUCUUUCUUUAAUUGUUUUUUGACAGUUUUUUUGUCUUAGUCUGCUUGAUCAGUACUAAACUUAACCAAAAGUCAAAGUGCCAUAAUAAUUAUUUCUUCUCCUGCUAAAUGGUUGUUAGUUGGCACAUGUUGAGGCAAUCAAUUUAGGUCAUCAGCUCAUUUCAAAAUCACACCAUGGAAAAUCCUCUUCAACAAAAUCUGGCAAAUGGCAUCAUUUUACUCGAUAAAAAUGCCUUCCGGAUAGUAAUUUCUUUUUUGAAAAUGGAAUUGGCCGUAACAGGAAGUUUUCAACAUUUUAAAGUAAUCAUAAAGUUUCAAGUAAUCAUUUUGGUAUGACAAUUCUCUCUUCACACUCCAUGCUCAAUAUUUAAUUAUUUUACAGUUUAUGAAGAACAUAAAGUUAAUGGCUUUAGAUUGAGUUUCAUCUACACAGAGAUGUUGGUCUCAUGUCCAACAUAACCAAGUCUUAUGUUCUGUGUGGUGAAGCCAGAAGAAUGUUCUACUCUCAACUUUGUCCUUAGAGAAAAACUAAUUAUUUUAGUAUGUAGAAACUAUGCUUAAGCUGGCCUUUUGCAUUCUAAUGUAAAGAACAUCAACAAAAGGGAGAGUUGACCAAUCUUAGAUCUUAGAGUAGGUUUGUGAAGUCUCCCCUGUUUUUUUAUUAUUUCCAUGUUAAUAGCAAACCAGCUAGUCACAUCAAGUUUUAGUUUUCCUAUUAGAAUGGAUACAUCUUGAACUUGUCUGAGCCAGGAGUGAAAUUUGUUUGUACAAAAUGUGUACAUAGCUGUAAUUCAGUGUAGAGGGGGAAUACAACAUUUGCAUGGUGUUAGUGUGUACAGUGCACAUAACACCCUACCUUACUUUGUAUAUUACUAAAGCAGAAGUACUGUAGCCUAUUUGGAUAAUAUCACAUCUGGUGUCUAGGCCAUUCAUAAAAAAGCUCUUCUGAGUCUAAAUCCACAAUUGUUUGAACAGUGUUUAUCCACAUUGACCUGUGACUGUUUUUAGUUGUAUACCAUUGUGUACGAACAUGUCCAUUCAAGUCUGAUCACAUUUUACUUAUGCCUUUUCUAUAUUAUGUCAAUUGAUACAUGGGUACAUUUUGCCAGUCAGAUAAUUGAAAAAGAUCGACUAUCAGGACAACUGAGUUUUUCAUCAGUUGUGCUGGUCAGUGUGUAUGUACGUGUAUAUAGUAUAUUCAGCUUUGUUUGUUUUGUUCUUUUCUCUUAAUCUGUUUCUUCAGUUCAAUUUUAUUUUGUCAGAGAACUCACUGAAAUUGCACAUUUUUUUUAUGUUUCCCUCCCCAAAGAAAGUCUGGAUAGCGAUGUUUGUCUUCCAGUAGCUUAUGUGUAUGUGCAAUUUGCUUUACAAUAAAAUGACAAAGAUGGUG